CCAGCCCGCCGUUGCCCGCCCUCGCCGCUGUCGCUCCCGGCGGGCGAGUAAGUCCGCGCGCGCGGCCGCGGCGGAGCCGUCGGGCGGGAGGGGCUGAAGGUUUUGGAACGGAUGCUGGAAGAUGUUAGCUGUGGAUACUGGGGUUGUGGAGGAGUGGUUAUCAGAGUUCAAGACACUGCCAGAAGCAUCCAUAUCCAGCUAUGCUACAAAUCUGAAAGACAAGAGUGCUUUGAUUUCAUCACUUUACAAAGUAAUUCAGGAGCCACAGAGUGAACUUCUGGAGCCAGUUUGCCAUCAGCUCUUUGAGUUCUAUCGCAGUGGUGAGGAACAAUUGCUACGAUUUACGCUCCAGUUUCUUCCAGAAUUGAUGUGGUGCUAUCUUGCUGUCUCGGCCAGCAGAGAUUUACAGAGCAGUGGAUGCAUAGAAGCUCUUCUCCUAGGCGUUUAUAACUUGGAGAUAGUUGACAAAGAGGGGCAUAGCAAAGUGCUGAGUUUCACAAUUCCGUCCUUGUCCAAACCUUCAGUCUAUCAUGAACCUUCCAGCAUUGGCUCCAUGGCUCUCACUGAAGGAGCUUUAUCACAGCAUGGUUUGUCCAGGGUUGUGUACAGUGGACCGCAUCCUCAGAGGGAGAUGUUAACAGCACAGAACAGGUUUGAAGUGCUGACUUUCCUUCUGCUCUGUUACAAUGCUGCCUUAAGCUACAUGCCUGCAGUUUCUCUUCAGUCAUUGUGUCAAAUUUGUUCAAGAAUUUGUGUCUGUGGAUAUCCUCGCCAACAAGUGAGAAAGUACAAGGGAGUCAACUGUAGGAUUCCUGUUUCAUCUGAAUUCAUGGUGCAAAUGCUAACAGGGAUUUAUUAUGCCUUUUAUAAUGGAGAAUGGGAUCUGGCUCGUAAAGCUAUGGAUGACAUUUUGUAUAGAGCACAGCUGGAACUGUAUCCAGAACCUCUGUUGGUUGCUAAUGCAAUAAAAGCUUCACUGCCUAAGGGUGCCAUGAAAUCUAGUAAAGAAGGUACAAGAUGCAUUCAGGUUGAAAUUACACCUACUUCAUCCAGAAUAUCAAGAAACGCUGUGACUAGCAUGUCUAUCCGAGGGCAUAGAUGGAAAAGGCAUGGUAAUACUGAUUUAGCAAUUCAAGAAGAACUGAUAGAAGUAUCUGAAACUGAUGAAGGGUUUUACUCUAGGGCUACUUCUAGUACAAGUCAGUCUGCUCUAUCUAACAGCAGCAACGUGAGCAGUAAGAAUCUUUUAGGGAAGAGCCAACGAAGGUCUGGAGGAAGCAAAGCUGGAGGAAAAGAAAAAGAAGGAGAAACCUGCAGAGAACACUUGUCACGAAAACAAACUCAGAGAGCCAUGAGUGAGAAUCUAGAGCUUGUCUCUCUGAAGAGGCUGACACUGACAACUAGCCAGUCCCUGCCUAAGCCUGGCAGCCAUAGUCUGGCCAGAACGACCACUACUGUGUUUAGUAAAUCCUUUGAACAGGUCAGUGGUGUCACAGUUCCAAACAAUCGUGGUGGUGUAUCUGGUACAGAGGCAAACAGGUUUUCAGCUUGCAGUCUUCAGGAGGAAAAACUGAUAUAUGGAACAGAAAGAACAGAUCUUCCGAUUUUAAGCAAACAACCUAAUCAGCAGCGACCUCCUAGUAUUAGCAUAACUUUGUCAACAGAUUGAUAUUGAAUUGGCAAGUAUGAAAAAUAAAAUAUUGAGGGUUUAUGCUGAUACUGGUACAUUGGAACAUUAAUAUGCUGUACAUUACUUUCUUAAACCUCAAGCCCAUAAAUUCUUAUUUGGCUCACGUUUGACAGUAAUAGUGAAUAGACAACAGUUGUAAUUGUUUUACAUCAACUUCUAGUAGCUUGGAAAGUUCCUCUUUGACUUACUAUAUUUAUACACCUCAUUGUUUAUGGCUUAUGUGAAGUUUACAGUUUCACCAGUUUAAUAAGCAUUGAUUGGCUGUUUAGCCACUGACCAAGACGUGGCUUUUUACAAAUGCACACUAUGGGAACAAAUAGAUCCUCUUUCCCAGAUUCUGCUUUUUCGCUACCAUUUGACAUAGGCAAACCUGCAAGUACUUGUUUUAUUUAAGACGAGUCUUGCAGUAUUGGCAUGAAAUUUUGCAACAGCAUUGUAAGAACAAACAUUCUUUUAUGUUAACCUUACAUAUAAGCACAGAUUUCUCAUGGCUAAAACUAGAAGCAUCAGUUCAGUGAUGCUAUGGCGGUUUUUGUCAUGGUAGUUAGUACACGUUGCAGUGUUCAUACUUUCUUAUGCCUACAUGAGUCUGAAUUAUAGAUGCAUUUUAGUUUUUCUACAUGUCUUUUAACCUGGGCCAAAAGUCACACAGAAGCAGUACUUGCGGAUGGGAUUUCCUACCAGUUGCUAGGGUAGUCACUCUUUAGACUUAUAAACUGCAUGACAGAUUCUUAAAUGUCAGGCAUAAAGCUACUCGUUGACAAGUUGCUGUCAUCAGUAGUUUUAUUAUUUGUGGGGAAGAGAUGUGCUUAUGUAACAAAGUUAUGUAGGAAAUAAGGUAUGAGCCCUCUGCACUGACUCAAGCAAAUCAGGAGUGUGAAUGUGUUUAACAUGAACUUGUUACUUGAGACUAAGAAUACUACCAAAGGAUGUGUACUUUCAGUAACUUGCAAGCGCAAAGGGAAUUUAUAAUGUAAAUAUAACUAGCACUGUAAUUCCUAGUCUUUAUGUCUUAUUUUUCUAGUCUGAAAUUCUAAACCAGCAGCCUGUUCAAGGUUACCUACCCUUUAACCUUCAGUUAGUUUGGUGACCUUGUUUAAUACCAACUUUUAAAGCAUUAAGAUUUUAAUUAAAAAUGGGCAUUAAAACUUUUAUGCAGAAACCUGGAGAAGCAGUAGCUGAUAAAACCACUUCAGUAGCAGUGAUUAGCUGCGGAUAAACAGACAAUAUAUUCUAAUGACUGGAGAAGAAGGAUGAAGGUCUAAGGCAGUCAUUCCCAGCUGUCCAGAUUUCUGCAGCUAGUGAUCCCUUAUUGUUUAGAACCUUGUAACAAAACAAACACUAAAAUUCUGGUAGACUUUCCUGUUAGCCUGGAGAUAAGUUUAGAUAUCCCUUUUUGACUUAAACUGAAGCACAAGUAACUUCUAAGCAGCUAGUGUUGUUUAGGUUUAUAGCAAUUAAUAAACGGGAUAAUGAAAACAGAUGAGGAAACAUAGUUGAUAGAGACAAGUAAGUUGUAUAAUUCUACUUCCAAGACUGCAGACUAGAUGUGUACACUUCUUAAUAUUCACCAAAGUAUGUGGAAGAGCUGCAUUGGUCUGCGGAUAUCUGUCUUCACCUAAGAGCCUGAGUUUGAACGAAUGUGCCGCACUUUUUCAUUCUUCAGUUUGUUGUGUGACACUGUUCUAUUCUACUAAUGUGGUGUUUCACCUUUUUGCGGUGAAGUGUUCCCUUAAUUGUACAUGAAAACUUACAUUCCUAAUGUAUAAACUACAGGUUUGUCCUGUUUAGUGUUUAAUACUUUGGCCAGUGAAAUAAACUGGUUUUUUGAAGUUGUAUGUUUUUGUAAAUACAUUGUACAGCUGAAAGUUUUGCCACUUUUUUACAGGUUUUUCUGCAAUACACAUUAGACAGCACAUUUGUUUCAGACUGACUAAUACACGUGGCUGCUGGAGCAUCCAUAGCCACAACCAAUGGAAGGGUUCUAGGCAACUGAUAGCAGACAUUGGCUAGCACUACACACACUGAAUGUAGAGCUCUUCCUUUGCUUGAAAUUUGUUCUAGAUGUUACAAAGAAAUAACUUACAGCUGCCUCCUGAUCUGCUCUGCAGUGCAGCAUUUAGAAAUACUUUGGAAACAUUUUACAGUAAUUUACAUUGAAACAUGAACUAGAAUAGAUAAAUUGCAGUUGACAAAUGUUUGUUGUGAUGGUAUUAAUUGUGAGUUAGUGUUAAGGGACUAGAAUUUUUAAGUAAUUCUACUGGUUUUAUUUGGUUUCAUUUAGUUCACGAUUGUUUAUCUCCACCACUCUUUCAAGCUGGGUGUUGGUAUAGAAUGUUUAUUACACUGGGCAGAUUUCACCACUUUAGUUAUAAACAAUUAGAAUUUCAAAUGAUCUAAAAUGCCAUAAAAUGUAGAUAUGUAACAUAAUAUUUACAAUACUGUUGGCUACAAGUCUGUGUUAAAGUGAAAUUAGUUUAUCCUUUUAUUUUAUCCAGCUAAUUAUUCUAACUGUGGUCUGGCUUGAACCCAAGACAUAGGCUCAUAUUGGCACAACUGAACUUACAGGAAGGUUUGUACUUUUUUGAGAAAAUGGUAAAAGGAAAGGCUCUUGGUAGUAAAGGCUGCUGUUUCUAUACAUAUAUGGCUUCAUAUAAAUAUCUAUGUAUUGGUCUCUGGAACAACUUACACAAUGAGCAUGCUUUUGUGAACUGACAUCACACCUUGAUACUGAUAGAGUUUAAAGAAUUUCUUUCCAGAUGUGAGGAGUAAAACUUUCAGUUGUGCUUCUUUUCUUAAAAAUGGAAAAGGAAAAGAAAAAGCAAAAAACAGCAUAGGGGAAAGGGGGGUUGGAAUUAUUGUCUAAAUAUCCAUGGUGCAGGAUUUGGGGGGGGGUGGGGAGGAGAAGAAAGGGGGGAGGUUGGGUAAGAGUCAUAUAUUAAUUCUUUCAUGAUAUCUCUAAAAUUGUUAAGCUCUUGGAUUUUGACCAUUAUCUGAUUGCUUUAGACUGAUGAAUGAAAAAUGUGUAUUAAAGAAGCAGAGGUCUUCUAACAGCAUAAGGAAAACCUAUUAAGACAUCCUGUAUUGUAGUCUACCCGGGAGUGGGUAGUUCUAAUGAAUACACUCCAAACAUCAUACAUGGCUGCAACAUUCUGCAGGGAAAAAUGUUAUGUAGGAGUGAAUCAUCUCAAAUUAUAAUAAGAUAAAUUGUUUUAAUGCUGACAUUUAUAACUGACCUUACUGUUUUAAAUCAAAGGGCACUUUUGCCAAUGAUGGCUUUGAACUGCAACACUUUCAAAACUCUGAAGCUGAGAAGAAUUAUUUUUGUUGUGAGAAUCUGGAACGCUUGUGCAAAAAGCGUAUGGCCUCUAACCACUUGCUGUAAAGCUGCAGUGACUUUUCUGGAGUGAGUGAAAUGUCCUUGAAUUGCCUUGAAUACCUGACAGAUUUGACAGGUGCAGAAUCGUAUAGCUAUUUUAGCCACACUUCUCUCUAAGGAGGUCUUACCUGAUUUCUAUGAGGAUUCUAGAAAUUUCUAACUUAAUUAUUAUGUCUUGAUAUCUUUUGUCAGUGUUUGAUGCUUACAGUGCUGUAUAUAGGUGUGUAAUAUAUUGCCUUUUGUAUUUCUAUAAUUCUACUACUAAGACUAGAUGUGUACACUUCUUAAUAUUCACCAAAGUCUGUGGAAUAGCUGAUCAGUCUAUAGAUGUCUGUCUUCACCUGAGAACCUGAGUUGAAAUGAAUGUGCCACACUUUCUCGUAUUCUUCAGUUUGUGGUGUGACACUGUUCUGUGUUUUAGUAAUGCAGUGUUUCACCUUUUUCACAGUGAAGUGUUCUCUUAAUUGUACAUGAAAACUUACAUUCCUAAUGUAAAAACCACAAGGAUGUCUUGUUUAGUGUUUAAUAAUUUGGGCAGUAAAAUAAACUGUUGGGUUUUUUUUGAA